UGGUUGGGCUCCACAAACUAUCAGCCACUCAUUAGCCUAGAAGCAAUAACCAAUAGCUAAUUGCCAGCCAUUGGGCACUAGCCACGAGCCACUAGGCACUAGCCACUAGCCAGGACAAGGAAUAUCAUAAAGAGAAUAGGGGCAUCCUUGUCUUGUCACACCCAUUCAGGACAAGGCCAAUUUGGUCAUACAUGUACAGACAGGCUGUACCGAAAUCUGUACCCUACAUUUUUUCUUCAUUGAUAUAGAGGGUCCAGAUUUAUGAUUUAUGCACCUUUUAUACUCAAAGUUGCAUACAAUCGGAAUCCUCGGAUUUUCCAGAAUGUGACCUGUUUGGAUAAUGGUAUGAAAGAUUGACACGUCAGACGCUUCAGUAUAUCCCCAUUUAUGUCUACAGUGAAAACCCCGAGAAUCCUAGAUUUUCCGUUACUUUCCUUCCCGAUUUCUCCUCAAUCCAAACAGUUCCAAAGCUUUCAGAAAUUCUACUUCUUUUGAAUAUUGUUGAUGGCUAGGCUCUUAUCUUCAUUACAGGCAAACUUUCUUCACCCCCUUUACCAUCCUUCUUCUUCUUCUUCUUCUUCUUCUUCUUCUUCUUCAGUUGCUAGUUGUUCAACCAGACCUUUCGUGAAGCUUCAAACCCUCAAUUUACCAUCAAAGGCUUCCACUUUCUUGAACCCGUGUAACUUUCGGGUACCCAUUUCGAUUGAGAUAAAACCCAGACAGAAGAAGUUCCAUGGCAGCUCACUGUCUGUUCGGAUGUCGUGGGACGGUCCGCUGAGUGCGGUCAAGCUGAUAAUACAGGGCAAGAAUUUGGAGUUGACAGAUACAGUUAAGAAGCAUGUCGAAGAUAAAGUUGGCAAGGCUGUUCUAAAGCAUAGCCACCUAGUGAGGGAAGUCGAUGUUUGGUUGUCAGUUCGUGGUGGAGAGUUUGGAAAAGGUCCAAGGACUAGGAGAUGUGAGGUGACUUUGUUCACAAAGAAGCAUGGAGUAGUUCGGGCUGAGGAAGAAGGUGAGACACUCUAUGCAAGCAUAGAUCUUGCAUCCUCCCUUAUUCAGAGGAAGUUAAGGAAAAUCAAGGAGAAGGAAUCAGACCAUGGCCGACACAUGAAGGGAUUUAACAGGUUGAAGUUCAGGGAACCUUCAGUAGGAGUAUUGGUGGAAGAUGAAGGACCAGUUCCUCAACAAGUGGAAGAUAAAGAAACAGUUCCUAAACAAGAGGAAGGGGACCUUAUCAACGAGAUUGUUCGCACAAAAUACUUUGACAUGCCACCAUUGACUGUCCUUGAAGCAAUUGAACAACUGGAAAAUGUUGAUCAUGACUUUUAUGGUUUCCGAAAUGAAGAGACUGGUGAGAUUAACAUCAUUUACAAGAGAAAGGCAGGAGGUUAUGGGCUUAUUAUUCCCAAAGGUAAUGGUGAAUCUGCUAAUUUAGAGACUCUGGUGGUAGAACCAGUUAGAGAACACUCCUUGGCGGAAUAGAUGGGCCUAGCCAAAUUCCUCUUGUAUAACUCUUAUUACAAAUCACAUUUCCAGAAUCUUAAUGGCAGCGUUUAAAAGCAAAGGCUUGUCAGGAGACUCAGGACAAUUCCAAUUUUAGUGAGCUCAUAAGAAAGGCAAACUUUUAAAAUGUCGGAAGAAAUGUUAUGCAGAUGAUUAUAUAGUGUCUAACACAGAGAUCAAAUGUAAUGUACUGUGCCUAUUAUCUCUUAUACGUACAAAUUAUUUACCCGAGUAAUAUAUUUGUGUUUUGGUUUGUCUGGUUUAA